AUGAAAGGAUUUAUAUUAAUUAUUUAUUUAUUUUUAAGGGUUGAUUUAUGUCGGGGAGUUAUAUCGGAAAAAAAUCGUGCUAAAAUUGUCGAAAAUUAUAUUUUGUCGGCAAAUUUCGAUAAUGAUUUACCGACAAAUUUACAAUACGAGAGUUCUAAAAAUGUAAAACAUAAAAUUAAUGGUGGCGGCGGAAGCGGAAGCGGUGGUGACGAUGUCGACGACAACAGCGAUCGUAGCGGUCAAAAUAAAAAUUAUUAUCCGAUUGAAAAUGUCAAAUCGAAAAAUGAUGAUGAAUACGUCAUCAUCGAUGACGCAUACGUUUUAAAAUCAAAAACUCUUUUUGGAUCUUUAACGGGAAUUUUGGGACGUUAA